AUGUGGAACCCAUGGCGUGAGAACCUCAAGGAAACCCCCAAGGAGAGCCUUAAUUGGCGUCUCUGGUAUGGUGUCUUUGUGUUUGGACUCAUGGGCGCUGCCCGUGGUAUUGAUGAAGGUCUGAUCGGUACAACAGCCGAGCUUGAUCCCUUCCGCAGAAAGUUUGGACUGGACGACCCUCACAAGGACAAGCACGAGAUUGCAGAGCUCUUGUCCAACAUUACUUCCAUGGUGCAGAUGGGUUCCAUCUUGGGAGCGCUCAUCGCUUUCUUCAUCACUGACAAGAUUGGCCGCCUCUGGGCCACCCGCCAACUCUGUCUCAUCUGGGUCAUUGGCAUCACCAUCUUCCUCACCAGUUCUCUUACCGGAUCUGUUGGCCAAAUCUAUGCCGGUCGAUUCAUUGCUGGUGUCGGAAUCGGACAGACGACUGUCGUCGCUCCAACCUAUCUUGCUGAGACGGCACCCCGGGCUAUCCGAGGUCUCUGCGUCGGCGCCUUUGCUGGAUCCGUCUACAUUGGCAUCAUGCUUGCAUACUUUGCAUCCUGGGGCUCAUCCAUUCACAUCUCGCCCAAGACCGACACUCAGUGGCUCGCCCCCAACAGCAUGCACCUCAUGUUUGCUGGUGUCAUCUUCUUGCUAUCUUGGUUUGCUCGCGAGAGUCCUCGCUGGCUGAUCAAGGUCGGUCGCCAUGAGGAGGCUCUGAAGAACCUGUCCAUUCUCCGACAGCCCCCCGAGGACCACCCCUACGUCACUUCCGAGGUCAUGGACAUCAACGACCAGCUCAACCGUGAGCGUGAAGCUACCAUGGGUACUUCAUGGCUUGGGCCCGUCCGCGAGCUCUUCAGCAGCAAGGCCAACCUCUACCGUCUCCAGCUCUCUGUUAUGUCCCAGUUGCUCUCGCAAUGGUCCGGCGCCAACAGCAUCACCAUCUACGCCCCUCAGUACUUUGCUAUGAUGGGCACCACGGGUCAGAGUGAGAAGCUCUUUGCCACUGCCAUCUUUGGUGUUGUCAAGUUUGUCAGUUCCAUGCUCUGCGCCUUCUUCCUCAUCGACUUUAUCGGCCGCAAACGCUCCCUCUCUGCCGGUAUCACGCUACAACUCGUGUCCAUGCUCUACAUGGCCAUUUUCCUGCUCCUCGACACAGACGUUGGCAAGAAGGGCGUGCACCAGAGCCCGAGCCAGAAGCAUGCCGCCAUGGGCGCCAUCGUCAUGGUCUACUUUUCAGGUUUCGGAUGGGCCCUUGGUUGGAACUCGAUCCAGUACCUCAUCAACUCUGAAAUCUACCCUCUGCGUCUCCGUGCGCUGGGUGGUUCCAUUGCCAUGACGUUCCACUUUGUCAACCAGUACGGAAACUCAAAGGCCGUGCCCCUCAUGUUCAUCUCCAUGACACACGGCGGCACCAUGCUCUUCUUCUCCUGCGUCACCGCCAUCGGCCUCGCCUGGGUGUGGUUCUUCCUCCCAGAGACGUCUGGCAAGUCGCUCGAGUCGCUCGACGAGAUGUUCAACCUGCCCUGGUACCUUAUCGGUCGCAAGGGCGCCGAGCUUACCAAGGGCACGGGAGCCAUGUCCGAGGUGUUGGACACCGCCGGCGAAAAAGCCACGGCGUACGAAAUGGAGAAUGCCGAGGUGGCCGAGUCGCACAACUACAGGGUCGAGCAGAAGGUCUAA